AUGGGCUGCUCUCCAUCCAAAGGGAAGUUAUUUUCCAGGCCAGAAGGCCCUGGACCUCAACAGGUCCUGUUGGCUGAAGAUCCACCAGACGGACCUCUAAAGGCUCUGCUGGCUGAAGUACCCCAAGAUGUUAUUGAUUCUAUACCUGAAGAGGAGAAAGACAAAUGUUUUGAGGCGGAUGAGAAAGACAAUGAUCCUUCGACAGAGGCUGCAUUGUCUCAGUUGGCCUGCGACACAACGGGAGGCCAAGACGCAGAGGACAUUGAAGAACUCAUUGAGGUCAAUGUGAUUCCCAAAGAAACAAUCAAUGAGGUUGUCAAAACAGAUAAUAUUAAAAAGAUGGCGAAAAGAAAGAAAAGUAAAGGCAAGAGAAGGUCGGCCGAAAAGCAGAGAAUGUCCUCUUUUGUUCAGACAAAGUUCGACUUCCCGCCACACAUGGUGAGGGCUCACCAGGCAGCCUAUGCCUUUCUGAACCCUAACAUUUCAAAAUAUGAAGCCCUGUUGGGACUGCUGGACCAGGCCGCCCAGACACAGCUGUCCCUUCAGCCCACAAUGACUGCUUUGGUGUUGCGAUUCGAGGAGAUCAACCAGGCUCUAGAGGAGAUGGCUGAGGAGGGGGAGCUCAUGUUGAAGGAGCAUGGGGACUACAUGGCCUUGCCUUCUGGAAUGAUGGGCCCAGCUGUUAUAGCAGCUAAUCCUAGGAGUGACUCUGCCAACCCACCCCCUGAUCUGUUACAGCAACUGCUUCAGCAUUCAACAGAGAAAAUGAGGCUUGUUGGGGGUUCUGUUAAGGCACUGGGUGACACCACGCUUGAGGAUGCAGUGGAGUAUUUUUCUUCUCUUUCUAAACUGCUGGUUGAGAAGCGGCAGGCCAAGCAGGCAGCAGAGCAGAGGUUGACUGUGGUUCUGGCCCGGGUGGAGAAGGCUGCCAACAGGAAGUCGAACCCCGAGGAUUCGGCACUACACAGUGAGGACAGCGGUAUCGGCGGAGAAAAUGAGAGUCUGACGGGGUCAGAGAGGCACCGCCGCCACCGUGGGAGUGCUGGAUCGGGAAGUUGUGGCUCUGGAAGCAACGUUCGUGGUGCAUUUGAUACGCUGCCCAGUAAUUUACUUAACCUGGUAGGCUAUAAUGAAGAUGAUGAGGGGGGCUGGGAGGAGGAGGACGAUGAUGACGAUGAAGAGUAUGAGGAUGAUGAAGGAUCGGCAGCCUACUAUCAAACGACCCCUGACUGCUGUCACCCAAACCAAACACUCUUCAACCACCCGGUGUGUAAACAUUAUGCUGGAGCUGCAAAAGAGCCAGAAGAACUUGGAUCAACGAAUGAAAAUGAUGGUUGA